GUAGUCUUGCAGUGUCUCUAGGGAGUUGUAGUUCCCUUCCCACAAUCGGCUGGGCGAGGCGGCGCCGGCGAUCUGAGCUGCGCCGGGUGUUCAGGGGCCAAGAUGGCGGCGCGCCGGGGAUUGAGAGACGGAGUCGCGCCGCUUCCGAGUGGGGGCCCCGGCCCCGACCCUGGCGGUGGAGUGCGCAGCAGCGGUUGGGGGAGUCGGAGCCAAGCGCCGUAUGGCACUGUGGGCGCUGUGAGUGGCGGGGAGCAGGUGCUGCUGCAUGAGGAGGGGGAUGAUUCUGGCUUUGUCAGUCUAUCUCGGCUGGGCCCCUGUUUGAGGGACAAGGACUUAGAGAUGGAGGAGCUGAUACUGCAGGAUGGGACACUGCUGGGGACCAUGCACAGCUAUAUGGAUGCCUCCCUCAUCUCCCUCAUUGAAGAUUUUGGUGGCCUUGGAGAGAGCAGGUUAUCUCUGGAGGACCAGAAUGAAGUGUCACUGCUCACAGCUCUAACAGAGAUCUUGGACAAUGCAGAUUCCGAGAACCUGUCUCCAUUUGACAGCAUUCCUGACUCAGAGCUGCUUGUGUCACCUCGGGAGGGCUCCUCUCUGCACAGGCUGCUCAGCCUCUCUCGGACACCCCCAGAACGUGACCUCAUCACCCCGACUGACCCAUUGGGGCCCAGCACAGGCAGUAGUAGAGUGAAUGGGGUUGAGAUGUCUCUCACAGAUCCUCCUUGGGACUUCUCUCCACCCUCUUUCUUGGAGACCUCCUCCCCCAAGCUUCCUAGCUGGAGACCCCCAAGGUCAAGACCCCGCUGGGGCCAGUCCCCACCUCCCCAGCAGCGUAGUGAUGGGGAAGAAGAGGAGGAGGUGGCCGGCUUCAGCAGCGAGAUGCUUGCUGGGGAGCUCACCAACUCUGUGAGCAGCAUCACAGACUUCCCCAUGCACCUGGCCUGUCCUGAGGAGGAAGAUAAAACAGCGGUAGCAGCAGAGAUGGCAGUGCAGGCAGCUGGCGAUGAGAGCAUCUCCUCCCUGAGUGAGCUGGUACGGGCCAUGCACCCAUACUGCCUGCCUAACCUCACCCACCUGACGGCACUUGAGGAUGAGCUUCAAGAGCAGCCAGAUGAUUUGACACUGCCUGAGGAUUGUGUGGUGCUGGAGAUUGUGGGCCAGGCGGCCACAGCUGGCAACGACCUGGAGAUCCCAGUUGUUGUGCGACAGAUCCCUUCUGGACCCCAGCCUGUCCUCCUGGAUGACUCGCUAGAGGCCAGUCCGGCCUUGCAGCUGCUCAUGCCUACACUAGAGGCAGAGACAGAGGCUGCUGUGCCCAGGGAAGCCCUCUGCCCUGAGAAAGAGGGGUUGUCACUGGACUCAAAGGAAAAGCUGGAGUCAGCCUGCUUGUUGGAGCCCAGGGAGGUCAUGGAGCCAAUGGCACCCAAGGGGCCUCAGAACCCACCAGCCAACGCAAUGCUAAGUUCCCAGAGAGCUCGAAAGGGCAGGAAGAAGAAGAGCAAGGAGCAGCCAGCUGCCUGUGCAGAAGGCUAUGUGAGGAGGCUGAGGUCAGCCUCUCGUGGGCAGUCUACAGCAGUUACAGAGCUGACCUCUCAGGGAGGCAGCUUGCCCCAGGAGGACUAUCAAAGAGAGGUUGCGCCUCCCCGUGGUAGAGGGAAGCCCCGGGCUUGGGCUCGGGCCUGGGCAGCUGCCUUGGAGAAGCCUGGCUCUGGGAACUUGGAGAGUAGUGCUGGACAAGCUAGUCCUGCUAAAGAAGGUCCUCUAGACCUCUAUCCCAGCCUGGUUGACCCCAUCCAAGCCAACCCUGUUUCAACCCAUCUCUCACUGGUUGACUCUGCUCAAGCUGAUCCCAUGCCACUUGACUCUGUUGAAGCUGAUCCCACUGCAGUUGACCCUGAUCCCACUGUGGCUGACCCUGUACCUGUUGACUCUAAACUGGUUGACCGUGCUUUAGCGAACUCAGAGCUUGUUGACCCUCUCCCAGCUGACCCAGUGCUGAUUGACCCAGUUCUGGCUGACUCAGCAGCAGUUGACCGUGCAGUGGUUGUUCCCAUCUCAGAUGACUUGCCUCCAGUUGACCCUGUACUAGUUAAGUCUAGGCCAACUGAUCCCAGACGUGGUGCAGUGUUAUCAGCCCAGGGGAGUCCAGCCCCCCAGCUCCUCCUGGAGUCAGAGUCCUCAGACCCCCCAAAGGCCAUCAGUCCUGAAGUCAGGGAGGUCAUGGGUCCUCUGAAGGGGGAAAGUGGUACUAGUGCCACAACCCAGGAAGCCAGGCCUCGGCCUCUUAGCCUCUCUGAGUACCGGCGACGAAGGCAGCAGCGCCAAGCAGAGGCAGAAGAGAGGAACCCCCAGCCCCCAGCUGGGAAGUGGCCCAGUCUCCCAGAAACUCCCACAGGGCUGGCAGACAUCCCUUGUCUUGUCCCACCAGCCCCAGCCAAGAAGACAACUCUGCAGAGAAGCCCUGAGGCUCCUUCUGAGGCUUGCUUUGCGCCUGUGGGUCCCAGCCCUGCCUCUCCUAGUCCUGAGCCACCUGCAAGCAAACCUAUGGCCUCAACUCCCACUGAGCAGGUGCCAUCCCAAGAGAUGCUACUGCCAGCAAGACCUCUACCUCCUGCUGUGCAGUCCAUGCCCCCCACAAUGCCCACUGCCCUGCCUUUUCCCACAGGUGGGCUGGGCAUGACCCCCAUGCUGCCCCUUCCCACAAAUGGGCAAAGUGUCCCCAGUCUGCCUCCACCACCCUUGCAGCCUCCUAGUGUUCCGAUGUCUAUGGGGCCAGUGCCACCUGAUCCCUUUACUCACUAUGCCCCUGUGCCACCCUGGCCUUGUUAUCCCCCCUUGUCCCCUUCUGGCUAUCCUUGCUUGCCCCCUCCACCGACGGUACCCCUAGUGUCUGGUACUCCAGGUGCCUAUGCUGUGCCCUCCACUUGCAAUGUGCCUUGGGUACCUCCUCCUGCCCCAGUCCCACCUUAUAGCUCCAGCUGUACCUAUGGGCCCUUGGGAUGGGGCCCAGGGCUGCAACACCCUCCAUUCUGGCCUGCUGUUCCCCCACCUCCUUUGCCUCUAACUUCUGUUGGAAGAGCUGUUCCUUCACCCAAAGUGGAGCCUAGUGGCAUCCCACCUGGCCCUCCUGAUAGUGUACUGACUGUGCCAAUGGCUCCUCCCCUCAGUCUUGGGGCAGCUGGCCAGGGAGCUCUACAGAUAGAGCCCACCAAGGUGGAGGUCAAGCCAUUGCCUGCAUCUCCCCUUCUGAAACACAAGGUGUCCUCCCCGGUGCACAGCCCUCGGAUCAAGGCUCCACCAUGUCUGCCUGCUGAGAGUGUGGCUGUUGAGCCUGUAUCAGAGAGGCUAAAGCCUGAGCCCCAGGAAGCUAGGCCCAGGGAGAAGGCACCCUCUCCUGUUGCCAAGGCUGUUCCCACAUCUGCACCAAGGCAGAGCACUACCACCAAACUGCCUGCUGUACACCCAGCCCGUCUGAGGACACUGUCCUUUCUGCCUACCCCACGUACCCAGGGUCCUGAGGAUGUGGUACAGGCUUUCAUCAGUGAGAUUGGAAUUGAGGCAUCAGACCUGUCCAGUCUGCUGGAGCAAUUUGAGAAAUCAGAAGCCAAAAAGGAGUGCCCUCCCCCGGCUCCUGCUGACAGCCUGGCUGUAGGAAACUCAGGCAGCGUUGACACUCCCCAGGAGAAGAGGCCCCUAGACCGGUUACAAGCCCCAGAACUGGCCAACGUGGCAGGGCUCACCCCUCCAGCUACCCCUCCCCAUCAGUUAUGGAAGCCCCUGGCUGCUGUGUCACUGCUGGCCAAAGCCAAAUCUCCUAAGUCCACCGCCCAGGAGGGAACCCUGAAGCCUGAAGGAAUUACAGAGGCCAAACAUCCAGCUGCAGCCUGCCUCCAAGAAGGGGUCCAUGGCCCUAGUCCAGUCCAUGUGGGCUCUGGGGACCAUGACUAUUGUGUCCGGAGCAGGACCCCCCCAAAAAAGACGCCUGCCCUAGUCAUUCCAGAGGUGGGCUCCCGAUGGAACGUCAAACGCCAUCAGGAUAUCACCAUCAAACCUGUCUUGUCCCUGGGCCCAGCCACCCCGCUGCCCCCAUGCACAGCUGCCUCCCAGAAGCCACUUGAUCACAGGACUAGCAAUGAUCAGGCAGAUCCCCCAGCCCCUUGCCUUGCCCCAUCCACCUUGCUGUCCCCUGAGGCCUCUCCCUGCCGGAAUGACAUGAACACUAGGACUCUCCCUGAUCCCUCAGCCAAGCAGCAGUCAAUGCGCUAUUAUCGAAAAGCCUGCAGGUCAGCCAGCCCCCCAAGCCGGGGCUGGCAAGGCCGCCGUGGCCGCAGCAGCCGUUCUGUCAGCUCUGGGUCCAACCGGACCAGCGAAGCAUCUUCCUCCUCAUCCUCAUCGUCGUCUUCCUCAUCCCGGUCCCGGUCCCGGUCCCUCUCCCCCCCACACAAGAGGUGGCGAAGGUCCAGUUGCAGUUCCUCUGGACGUUCCCGAAGAUGCUCUUCCUCUUCCUCCUCCUCAUCUUCCUCCUCAUCUUCCUCAUCCUCAUCAUCUAGUUCCCGAAGUCGGUCCCGCUCUCCAUCUCCUCGCCGGAGAAGUGACAGGAGGCGGCGGUACAGUUCUUAUCGUUCACAUGACCAUUACCAAAGGCAGAGAGUCCUGCAGAAGGAGCGUGCAAUAGAAGAGAGAAGAGUGGUCUUCAUUGGGAAGAUACCUGGUCGCAUGACUAGGUCAGAGCUGAAACAGAGGUUCUCUGUUUUCGGAGAGAUUGAGGAGUGCACCAUCCACUUCCGUGUCCAAGGUGACAACUAUGGCUUCGUCACUUAUCGCUAUGCCGAGGAGGCAUUUGCAGCCAUCGAGAGUGGCCACAAGCUGAGGCAAGCAGAUGAACAGCCCUUUGAUCUCUGCUUUGGGGGCCGCAGACAGUUCUGCAAGAGAAGCUAUUCUGAUCUUGACUCCAACCGGGAAGACUUUGACCCUGCUCCUGUAAAGAGCAAAUUUGAUUCUCUUGACUUUGACACAUUGUUGAAACAGGCCCAGAAGAACCUCAGGAGGUAACCCUGGGCCCUUCUCCCCCACCCCCUUUUCAUUGGAGGUGCCCAACCUCCUCUAUUCCCUCCCCCAGUCUAGGGGAGACAGCUGCUAGUGAGGAGAUGACUGUUUUAUAAAGAAAUGGAAAAAAGUGAAAUAAAAAUGUGUUAAAUCAGAUUUUUUUAAGUGGUAUUUGUUUUUU